GAAGGCCACCAAUCUUAGAUGAAUCAGCAUGCAAUCACCUAACACAGCUUGUUCUAAAUAAUCGCCGUAUGACUAAAAGAGAUAUUCAAGCUGCAUUGGAACAGCAAGAAGGAAAACGUCGAGAUUGGGCGGAAGAGCAUCUUUACUGGGCGACCAAAGAAUGGAAGAAUGUUCUUUGGUCAGAUAAAAAGUAUUUUUGUUUAAUUCGUCCUAAUCCAUACCA